UAUUUUAGAGAUCACAUCUGCGAGACUGGAUAUAAUCAAGACGAGCGGAUAUAAGUAAUAUGUCCCCGGCGAGAAAUAAAUACACAGUGACAAUUUCCGAUAUUCGGGAUACUUCGCUCAGUGAAAUAAUAAUUCACGUCCAGUUUUAGACUUUUCCCAACUUUUGAAAGAAGCCAUGUUUGACUUCCUGCGGGCCACAUGUUAAUAAAGUUCACGAACAGCCGCGGCCUUUAAAAUCCCGAUCAAUGAGACAAGCAUCAUGAGUCAUUUGACAUGCAACAAGUGGAGGCAGUUGGAAUUAGAAGAAAGGAAAGCAAGAGCCAGACGGGCAUUUAACAAGGAUGAUUUACCUGAUUUGGUUGAGCGCAGGUUUAAGGAGUUAACAGAGAUGACCAAGCCGGUCAUCCGGCCACAUUCCAUCUUUGACCAACUGGACGAUGAGAUCAAGGAGCGAGUAUUGCGAAUGAUCGACGUUGGACCAGUAGAGUUUACGAAGAUGCGGCGGAAGGGAUGGAAGACACCCAAUAUGUUCCAAUAUGCUGGACGCAUGGCGCUCAUCAUUGCAAAGGCUUGUAAUUCCCGAAAACGAUACCUGCGGGAGUCGGUUGAUGGCGGUCCUGUCGGGAAGGGGAAGGUGAAGCGAAUAAGUGAACUUACCAAUAAAGGAGGAACGAAAAGUAGUCUCGGUUGGGACAUGUCUCUGAGUCUGUACACCAGGCCAGAAUUCAGGACGGACAAACAUCUGAAGAUGAUCACCUGGAUUCUUCGGGCGACCCGGGCGUUCACCCAUCUCUUCCCUGCCGAGAUGGAACUUGAAUGUGCAAGACAUGUGUGCUAUGGAAGAUAUGACGAUGGCCGGCUUAUUGCCCACCAGGGAAGAGCCCCAGAUUGGUUCUAUUACGUCAUUUCCGGUAAAAUACAGAUGUUACGUCAGUACGAUUUGAAUUCUGGUAUGGUGACCAAAUCGAUAGGGACGCUGUCCAAGGAUAUGACAACUAAACCGGAAGAACUCGAGCAGGGUAUACCCCGUGAGUACAAUCUUGUCGCCAAAGGAGCAGUAGAGGUGUUAAUAUUACAUAAGUCGGCUUUCGAAGAACUACUUCAGACGAACGAGGGUCCACCGAUAGAUUUCCUGAGAAACAUAGAACUGUUUGAGGAAUUUCCCAUCGAUGAAUUCAUGACACACCAAGAAUCCAUUGAAUACAAAUACUACGGCGAAAAUAAAGUUGUAGUGAAAGAUACAAACCGGACGCCGUGGUUACACAUAGUUAAAUCGGGUCAAAUAAAAGUUGUGAGGCGCCAAGACGUGGUAGACACCCAGAGUGACCAGGAAACAUUCGAAAGACAAGAGACGGAUUCUUUGGGGUGCAUCAAAUUCCCGAGCCAUGCGAACGCGAUGUUAGGUUACUCCUACAAACAGAAGAAAAACAGGGAAAACUUGGCAAAGAGCACCCUCAGCUUACCAGAGAUCAGUAACCAGUCGGACCUGGUGACUAACCCCCACGGGCAGACCCUCGAUGGCGACGAACCCCUCGCAGUGCUACAAACUAUCGGCGAAGAAGACUAUGAAAAUCUGUCAGAGAAUGCAGAGGACGACCAGCUCUCCCAUACGAACAGCCUCGUCACCCAGUCACUGGAGCCAAGAGAGGAGCCACACAUAGUCGAUAACGAGAGUGGCGCCGCCAGUGCCUCUGAGGAGACCAAGUCCGAGGACGAGUUUGUCGGCAUGUCCGUGAAGGGAGGCAAUAGCAACGAUACCAACAAGCUGCUGGCUCCAUUUUCUGUCGGGAUAAGAAUGAAGCGAAUCAGGAAAGAAUCUUCGGCCCUCCCGCCAAUCAACAUCCCGAUGGCCGAAAUGGACCCAUCAGAUUUCCAGCCCCACCCGUUCUACCUGACCCGUGAGAAGACUUGUGCCUCGUCCGUGAUCCUGCCCGCGGCGAGCAAGGAGAAGGAGAGGGCAGAGAGGAGGGCGUAUCUGCAGCUCGGCGCUUUGAAGGCGGGGGAUGUCUUUGGCUUGGAUACAAUACAUUUCGGUACGGAUAAAGAGGGCCUAGAACAUAUAGAGGCUCCAGUUGCAUCGGAAGGUCCAGGGUUCAGCUUGGUAAGCGAUGGGGCAGAGGUGAUCAGGAUAAGCAAGCGAUUCUUCUUACAAAAUGCCAAGAACAAUACCAUGCUCAAGGUGGACACGUUGCAUAAACAUUACCUGAAUAAGGAGGAUGCCAAGACCGCCCUCUAUCAGCAAGAGGUUUGGUCCAAAUACAAGAGUGUGCUGAUGCAACGAAUAGUCAAGAAAGUUCUACAAAAACAUUCACCGAAACAUAAGAAGCCGAAAAGUCAAUUAGAUGCACCAUUAGGACACACACCCCGGUCAAUGGGGAGUGAGGUGCUUGUUUCAAGGUCCCCGCGAAAAUAAUUUAUUCCCUCACUUGUGAUUGGUCAGUUCAGAAAACAAACCCGAUGAAGCAGGAUUGCGACCUUCUGAUUGGCUAAUAUAAUACGAUAGACUAUUUUGGAUGUGAGUGCCUGAUUGCCUACCACAGGAAGCCUUUUUCUCGUUACAAAGUUACCUUCCGCGUGAUCUUCAGCCUGCUCUGGGGAAGAUAGGACCUCGGCUGUAGAAUCUCGCAUCCUCCGGUAGCAACCCUUUGUAUCUUUCCCAAAAUAGACUCAAAGUACAUUGUAUGUGAGUGUAUUUUCGAAACAACCCAAAGGCCCGCUAUGGGAGAUGCAAUCUCGAUUCGGUUUCAUUCAAUGGACCAUGAAGAGUCUAUUACGUGAUACAUAUAGAGCAGCAGCAUUAACCACUAAGCGACGAGGCUUCUAGGAAUGUGGAGAACACAAAGCUAAAAGUUCGAAAAAGUCAGUGUUGUAAAAUGUGUAAAAGGUGUAUUUCCAGGAUGUAUAGAACAAAAUGAAUACACCUUUCUUAUCCGCCGUAACAUUUCACUCCUGGAAUUUUAUUUUCGCAAAUAAUCGAGAUUCUGGGAAGUAAAAAUAUUUUUUCACUGGAAAACGGAAAGAAAUUACGUCGUUAUCCGCCAAAACAAAAAUCCUGAUCGUGAAAAAUUUUAAUGAUAUUUUCGCGAAUUGCAUGUUCGCGUUUAAAGCCCCCGCAAACAAGUGAUUUAAACCGCUACGACUUACGAUUUAAAUCGCACGCGCCGAUAAUCGCUCGUUUGCGGAGCGCUUUACAAAAUCGUCGUCUGCUAUUUCAUUAGACGUGAUAGUGCAACGUCAGGGUGCCGUCAUUCAUCGACGUCAUUAUACAUGUACUUUAUGACAUUCGAAAAUGGAGGCACACUACCCUGGUUUAUCUUGAUAUUGUACGAAUGACUUUAAAAUAAAUGAUUGAAGUAUUACAAUUGUUUGUGACGUAAUUUGCACAGUUCAGCAUGGCCAAGCAAAUUGGUUCUCCACGCCUCCGCAAGAAGCCAGGGUUUAACGCGGUGCAUGUUGGGUGCCAAUUUGCAUGGCGAAUGUAAAGCAGUACAUGUCACAUGACAGGAAGUCUCCAAUCAUCUCUUCCCAAGGAAAGUGACGAGCAAUACUUUCGAGGCGAAAAGAAGGCG